AUGUCUCAAGACACCGACCUCGCCUCGUCGUCUUUCCACGGUAGCUACGGUCUAGACCUCUUUCCGUCUGACCUAGAGUCCAGUCAGCAAACCAUUGAAUCAACACCAGCCUCCGAACUAUUACAUCCUCUGAUCUCCUCCUCCCUUGAGCGAUUCGGAAACGACUGGAUUGUUUACUCCGAAAUGAGCAAAGAGGAUUUUAUUUUCUGGUGGCUUCAAACUAUCCACGGAAAUGAGCUUCGUGAAAGGAAUAAGAGCUUCUGGGAUCGAUCCCGAAGUCAUUCAGAGGCAUGGAAUAGCUUUAAGCAGGUAGCUCAUACUGUGACUGGGGACCCAAAGAUACCGCAAGUUGAAUGGAACUACCCCAAUGGCAAGGCAUCUCAGAGGAGAGAAGUGCCAGAGACUUAG